ACGAAAAGCCUCAACUAUCGGACUGGUGUCUUUGAAAAAUCUCUGGCAUUAAAGUCUUAAACAUUGAGAUCAGAGAAAACCCAUCUGAGUCUAUAGGGAUCUGUGAUGAUGGAAGCAAAAGAACCAAAGCUGGGAUCUUCUCUUCUCACUGAAUCUGUGAAAGAAAUAGCACUAACCACAGUUGCAGAGAGAUACUUUCAACCAGAGCUUCCUGUCAUUGACCUAAACAAGUUGCUGUCUGAAGAAGUCAAGGGUUCUGAACUUCAAAAGCUUCACCUUGCAUGCAAACAAUGGGGUUUUUUUCAGCUGGUUAAUCAUGGAGUUGGCAUGAAAUUGGUGGAAGAUGUGAAGCGAGGUGCUGAAGAACUGUUCAAGCUUCCAAUGGAAGAGAAAAAAAAGCUUUGGCAGAAACCAGGAGAUAUGGAAGGCUUUGGUGGAACGCUGGGUUCAAAAGAAGCUUCAUCAGACUGGGUUCAUGUCUUUUACAUUCUUACACUUCCAACUCAUUUAAGGAACCAACACCUAUUCCCUAAUAUACCACUGCCAUUCAGGUAAUGACAAAUGGAAUAUAUAAGAGCAGGAUGCAUAGAGCAGUGGUUAACUCUGAGAAAGAGAGAGUCUCCAUAGCUACAUUCUAUGGUCCAGGGUGGAGUGAUAGCAUAGGUCCAGCACCAACUCUUGUCACUCCACAAACACCACCUUUGUUCAAAACAAUUGGGGUUGCAGAUUUCUACAAGGGAUACCUUUCACCCCAGCAUUUUGGCAAACCUAAAUCAUAUCUAAAUAAUGUUCUCAAGAUCCAAAAUCACCUAACUCCUACUUAGAUUCAAUUUCCUUCUUUCUUUGAGGGAAACAUAAUUGAAUACUUAGAUAUAAUUAUUUCCUUUCAAACACAAU